AUGGAGAAACUUUUCAGGAACAACAAACUUGACGUAAGCGUAAGAACCGUGGGGAGAGGUGAGGAGGUACUGUUCUACGCAAAAGACGUGGCGGAAUCGCUAGGAUACGUUAAUACGCGAGAUGCCAUCAAAAAGCAUAUGUGGAAGAAUGCGACAACAUUGGGGGAAUUUCAAGGGAGUAGCGAAUCGCGAUUCCCUUGCGGGGGCCAGCCUGGUACAGUUUCGCUAUACGAACCGGGUCUGUACCAGCUAAUCUUCAAUUCCAAACUCCCAAUAGAAGAGGCCUUCCAGGAUUGGGUGUUCAGAGAGGUACUUCCAUCUAUCCGCAAAACGGGUUCAUAUAAGUUACCAGAACCAACGUCCCUCUGUGGUAAACAGAUGAAGCUACUCAAUGAGACUGACCUCCAUUAUGCAGUAGUGAGAUACAUCAGAAGAUUCCACCCGAACGCACUCAUUGUAGCGGCGCUAGGUGAGUACCAAGACACUGCUCAACGUAGAUGUGACGCCUAUCGUAAGGGCUACAUAGGUGGACAACCUGAUCUCAUAAUAACGAAUCCAAUGAAUGGUUACACAGGAUUUGCAAUUGAGCUUAAGACCUCUAAGGGAACAGGUGAAAUUAGGAGCAAUCAAGUUACCUGGCUAAAGUUGCUACGUGAAAGGGGGCACCGGACACUGAUAUCCAAUGACUACACAGACAUAGUGCUAAGGAUAGAUGAGUACUUCAGGGUAGACGUAACAGAGAAACAUAAGAAAGAAACAGCUAAUCUUAAGAAGCAGUUUAGCAUACUCAGGAAGAAACUGAGUGAAUCAGUGGUGUGCUACCGACCAAGGAUAAACGAAAACAGAUACUAG